CUCAGUAAACCCGUUGUUGACAGACCAGAGUGGGGGGGAUUGUGGUGGUGGCGGCCUGUCACUAUCCUGUAUUUGGGUUUUGAAUUUAACGUUGAAAAUGUGCAGUUCUGUGUCUUUCUAACAGUUGGACCAACUAAGAAGCAGACCAGUGGAAAAUAGUAACGCUGUAAGGAUUUGAGAAAGGAUCCUGCCAAAGAGGAGUGCUACAAUGCUGUGCUGGGGAAAUGCCUCCUAUGGACAGCUGGGUUUAGGUGGCAUUGAUGAAGAGAUCGUUGUGGAGCCACGAAUAUGUGAGUUCUUUCACGGGAAGCGAGUGUGUGAUGUGGGGUGUGGCCGCAGGCACACAGCCACCCUGCUGCAGGAUGGAACAGUGUACACCUGUGGCUGCAAUGACCUCGGGCAGUUAGGACAUGAGAAGGGCAGAAAGAAACCAGAACAGGUCGUGGCCCUGGAUGCACAGAUCAUAGUGGCGGUGUCAUGUGGAGAGUCCCACACACUAGCCCUGAAUGAUAAAGGGCAGAUAUUUUCAUGGGGUCUGGGCUCAGAUGGGCAGCUGGGCUUGAAUAAUAUGGAAGAAUGUGUUCGAGUGCCUAGAAACAUCAGGAGUUUGUCAGAUGUUCAAAUUACUCAGGUAGCCUGUGGGUAUUGGCACUCCCUUGCACUUUCAAAAGGGGGCCAAGUCUUCUCGUGGGGCCAGAGCCGAUAUGGGCAACUUGGGUUAGGAAUGCCGGCGAAGAUGGUUUCCACACCCCAAACCAUUAAAUCUCUACAGGGCAUCCCUUUUGCUCAGAUAUCAGCAGGAGGCGCUCACAGCUUUGCCCUCACUCUCUCAGGAGCAGUGUUUGGUUGGGGGCGUAACAAGUUUGGUCAGCUGGGUCUCAAUGACACCACUGAUCGAUGGUGCCCAGCCCUGUUAAAAUCCCUUCGGUCACAGAGAGUGAUUUACAUCUCCUGUGGAGAAGAUCACACAGUUGCACUAACCAAGGAAGGAGGUGUGUUUUCAUUUGGAGCAGGAGGUUACGGACAACUUGGACACAGCUCUACAAACCAUGAAAUCAACCCAAGAAAAGUGUUUGAGCUCAUGGGAAAUGUAGUGACACAGAUUGCAUGUGGAAGGCAACACACACUUGCCUUCACACCGUCUUCUGGCAAGAUUUUCUCAUUUGGACUUGGAGGUAACGGUCAGCUUGGUACAAACUCCACCAGCAACAGGAAAAGCCCUUACCCUCUCAAACACCCAUAUGUAGCCUUCAAAUCACCAUAUACAGACAUUGGUUGCGUCAAGGGAAUUUAUGCUGGAGGGGAUCAGAGCUUUGCUCACUACUGCACUGCCAAUAGCAUAGAUGAUGUGACAACACAAGAUCCUCACCGGAAACUCUGCACCUUGAAUGAGGAGAUCAUACAAAAAUGGUUGAGCCAUUCACCAGGAAGACUUCCUGUCGAAAUCUCCAAUGAGAUUGACCUCGUGUUCUCCUCUGCAAGCUGCCUCAAUGGAUCUUUUCUGUCAACAAGUCAUCCAGAUCACUACUGCACCAGCAGUAAAUGUUCAGGGGUGGACAUGAAUAUAGCUCGUGUCCUGUUUCACAGAGUGGUCCAACCAGAUCAUCCUGAGAUCGCUCAGCAGAUUGCUGCCAGUUUGGAAAAAAACCUUAUUCCCCAACUGAACAACUCUCCUCCAGACAUUGAAGCCCUGAGACUUUACCUCACUCUUCCAGAGUGCCCUCUCUUCAGUGACCAUAAUAAUUUUGUGACCAUUGCCAUCCCAUUUGCCAAAUCACUCCUCAGCCUGACAGAGGCUCCACGAAAGGUGUUGGGAAUGUGGUGGUCUAGGUUUGAGCCCCUGGUCUUCCAGCGGCUGGUGGAGUUGUACAAGGAGGUGGUUGUGUAUCUACUUAAGAUAAACAAGGUGGGCAUUCCCUCAACAGAGCAGAGAGUUUUUACCUCUUACCUGGAUACGUCCCUCCGACUUUUGGAGAUCCUGCAUAAGGUGAGUGAUAGGGCAGGACACAUCAUCCAGUACGACAAAUUCUACAUUCACGAGUUGGAUGACCUUAUAGACAUCAGACGCGACUACGUCACAUGGAUUCAGCGGCAGAUGUACCCACCGGGUGAUGGUAUGGUGACUCUGUGCAGGUAUCCCUUUGUAUUUGAUGCUCAAGCUAAGACCACUCUGCUUCAGACUGAUGCUGUCAUACAGAUGCAGAUGGCAGUAGACCAGGCACAGCUGCAAAACUUAAGCUCCAUGUUCAUGCCAGCUGUAGAAUCUGUCAACCCGUGCCUCAUACUCAUCGUCCGGAGGGAAAAUAUAGUUGGAGACACUAUGGAAGUUCUCAGGAAGUCCAAAAAUGUUGACUACAAGAAGCCACUUAAGGUGAUCUUUGUAGGAGAAGAGGCAGUUGACGCAGGAGGUGUGAGGAAGGAGUUCUUUCUCUUGAUCAUGAAAGAGCUGCUGGACCCCAGAUAUGGCAUGUUCCGUUACUACGAGGAGUCCAGGCUCAUCUGGUUUUCAAACAAGACCUUUGAAGAACAUGACUUGUUCAACCUCAUUGGGGUCAUCUGUGGUCUGGCCAUCUACAACUUCACCAUUGUGGAGCUCAGCUUCCCCGUGGCCCUUUACAAGAAGCUUCUGAAGAAGAAGCCGACACUUGAUGACUUGAAAGAGUUAAUGCCAGAUGUGGGAAGGAGUCUGCAACACUUACUGGACUACACAGAAGAUGACCUGGAGGAGGUUUUCUGUUUGAACUUCACAAUCACUGAGGACAACUAUGGUGUCACAGAGGUGUUGGAACUAGUACCAAAUGGUGAAGACAUCAGUGUAAAUAAAUCAAACAGGCAGGACUUUGCUGAUGCCUACGUUGACUACGUUUUCAACACUUCAGUGGCCCCACUGUUCAAAUGCUUCUAUGCAGGCUUUCACAAAGUGUGUGGCGGAAAGGUUUUAGAGCUGUUCCAGCCAAAUGAACUGCAAGCCAUGGUCAUUGGCAACACCAAUUAUGACUGGGUGGAGCUCGAAAAGAGUGUGGAAUACAAAGGAGAGUACUGGGCCGACCACCCCACCAUCAAGCUCUUCUGGGAAGUGUUCCACUAUCUUCCUUUAGAGAAGAAAAAACUCUUUCUCUUGUUCCUCACAGGCAGCGACCGCAUACCCAUCCUGGGAAUGAAAAGCCUGCAAAUAGUGAUUCAGCCCACCAGUGGAGGGGAGCACUAUUUACCUGUGGCCCACACCUGCUUCAACCUGCUGGACCUGCCUAAGUACACAAGUGCAGAAACUCUCCGUGAGAAGCUUCUGCAGGCUAUAGAAUACAAUCAAGGCUUUUUUCUAGCCUAAACAUACAUACACAGAAACACCAAGGACUGAAUGUCAAGACUGUUAAUGGCAUCUGCCAUCCUACUGCGUUUUUUUUUAACUGGUUGAGUCCAAGAAAUGACAAGCGUUUGAUAUUUAGGCUUUCAUAUCCAUCUUUUGUUUUUCCAGUUUUGAUGCAAACCAAUCAAUCAUUUGAUUGUUAUUUAUGCUUACGUGAUUUUUUUUAAUGGAUAUUCAUUGCCUCCACAGUAUCUGAUGCUUACAUGAUUACAAGUCUAUUCACUACAGGAAUAUACUUCACAGGGCAUGAGUACAGCAACAAGAAUGCCUGUAAAAAGUAAAUGCUGCAGCACUACCUUUCUGAAGCUUAUAAUGUUGUACAAUAGUGAGAUCUUACUUUAGUGUGUACUGUUUGAGAAGUCUUUCAGAAAUAUGCCAAAAUAGUGUGUGUUCUGGAAUCAAAACACUACUCUAACAGGAGGUCAACACAAUGAGGCAUUUUAAGCUCCACUGUGGUAUUUGCUUGCUAUCUAUUUUACAGGAGUCAAUGUGGUUGUGUCAAGUCUGUGCAUUAAAUGUUUGAAGCCAGAUGUAAACUCUCUUUACGUUAGUUUAUUUCUUUCGGUUCUAUCGUGACGGACUAUUUGAGAGCAUUGCAGAGUGUUUGGCUUUAGAUCUUGAGUGGACUUUCUUGGCUGUAAGUCCUUAACAACUCGCCAAUAAAAAAACUCAAAGUAAAA